AGAAUUUGUUUGUAGUUCACAACGAAACCUGGUUCAUUAAACUGUUUUAUCAUAAGGUCUCUAAGGUUUGUAAAGUCAGAAGACAUGAAAGUUUAAUCACAGAGGAGAAGAAUUUGGUGUGUGUAACCAAUACUGAGACGAGAUGUUGGCUGCAGUGUUAGAUCUGAUUGAUGCUAUGUUAAUGUCUGAGGGGGAUUCAAAUUAAUGCCAAAUCGGAGGAUUGGGUGUUCAGUCUUGGGAAAAUUGAGUUGAGUCUUGACUGCAUGUAUAUAUGUAUGUCUCACUGAAAGUUGAUUUAUGUUGAGUGUAAUCAGAUGAGUGUGAUGUAGGAAUGUCUUCUAUGUGAUAGAAGCCUCUGAUUAAAUUUCCCGAUGCCUGACUGACUCUUUAUUAAGUGCAAGGCAGUCAUGAUAUGAUUUAUAGAAAAAAAUCGGCGAUGGGAAAGAAAAACACACCCAGCACCGAGUCUUCUUUGGAGUUGUCUGCGUCAUCGUAGAAUUAACGGUACAUUAGUGGAUACACAAAUUGUGUGUAAUGUAAAAGUUUGACAAUCAGGCCUCUCGCUCGAGUAAAAGCAUAUAUUAGCCUAAUCAUAUUUUACCCCUCUAUCAAUAUUUUAAGAGUCGACAUAAGAAGACAUUUAAAUCCAGGUGAAAGAACUGGCUGGGGCUUUUUAAACGAGCCUGACAGCAAGAUCCCUGUCAAUGGUGGGAGAUAAAUAACCACAGACUUCAGAAAGGCCAUUAUAUCAUCUGAUACUUAACAGGUGCCCUUGCAGUCACUGAUAUGACGUCUCUGUGGACCUAGAUAUUGUAACAUUUUGGGUAAACGUCCAACUGUUACAAGCUAUAGCUCUAAGUAAUGGCCCAGGACAGUAGGGACUAGAAGGGACACACUCGCGCUCCUGUCUAUGUUGUGUAGGGUUCUCAGUACAUUGUAUGAUAUACUGGCUUAUUCCAUGGAUGUCUGUUUAUUCUGCUCUUCAGAAAACAAACCCCAAAGACCACUUCUUGUAGAAGAUGAAAGUGUAUUAGCAGCAGGGGUUGAUUCCUUGACUUGUAGCCCUCAGUGUACAUGAGGACGUGUGAUGUAGCUUUUUCAGCAUCUGUAAAGAAACACUGGAUCAUUUUGUGUAGAAUUCUAUCAAUUCCACUCUUCAUGCACAGCCUGCACAAGAGAGAGGCAGGAACAUAGGGAAACAAAUUGAUUGAUCAGCCGAUUUCACACAAUCCAUACUGACUGUCAUCUAGUUGUCCCUGCUAGGUCCACAGACUGCUGGUAGUUUUCUCCUGGCUUCAUACACAGUGAGAGACGAGGUGGAAUCUCCUUUGGUCAAGACGACAACAAUGCGAUUUAUGUCAGGAUGCUGGGUGACGUCCGAUUGAGGGUGACACUAGACACAGAAAAAUCAAACCUGCAUCCUCAAGAUCGAAAGCUCCUGGAAAGGUUGCUGUCAACAGACCAAAAAUCACGAUUAUCGUCACGUUUUCAAAGUUUUAACAAACACCGGCGGAAACGCAGUGCAUCAGAGAAUGCCUCUCGCCAGCUUCAGUCCCUGUUGGAUCAACAGUACUCGCAGCAAGCGCAGGAGUUGAUGAGCCAACUAAAUGUGUGGAACUUUGAUAUUUUCAAUUUAGACAUUUUAACCGGGGGGAGGUCGUUAACUCAUGUUGCCAUCCAUUUAUUUAAGAAGUAUAACCUAAUCUCUGCAUUCAAACUGGACUUCAUUCAACUCAUGCAAACAUUUACCCUGAUUGAGAAUGGUUACCAUGGAAGCAAUCCUUAUCAUAACUCUGUCCAUGCUGCAGAUGUCACUCAGGCGAUGCACUGUUACUUACAGGAAGUGCAGUUAAGAAAUUCAAUUCCAAAGUUUGAGGUCAUGACCUCUCUGCUGGCAGCCAUGACACAUGACCUUGACCACCCAGGGGUAAACCAAGCAUUUCUAAUAGCAACAGCUAAUCAUCUUGCAGAUCUUUAUCAGAAUACCUCAGUGUUAGAGAAUCAUCAUUGGCGCUGUGCCGUUGGUGUUUUAUAUGAGUCAGGACUAUUCAACCAUCUUGACCAAGACGUAUGGAACCAAAUACUGGGACAGCUUCGUUCAUUGAUAUUAGCUACUGAUAUUACACGACAACAGGAAUUUCUUAGCCGGUUUAAGAAGUACCUGGAUGAUAAGAACCUAGAUUAUAAGAAUGAUUCGCAGGAUCGAAUCUUUUUAUUACAGAUAGCCUUAAAGUGUGCUGAUAUAAGUAAUCCGUGUCGAGAAUGGAGUCUGAGUAAACAAUGGAGUGAUCGAGUCUGUGAUGAGUUCUUUAGGCAAGGAGACUGCGAGAGAGAGUUACAGCUUCCUGUGACUCCUAUGUGUAACAGAUUAACGACCACCACAGCCAAAAUACAGGCUGGGUUUAUGGAAUAUGUGGUGAACCCGUUGUUUUUUGCAUGGCGACAGUUCCUUCCAUCAAAGCUCAGUCAUACGAUGCUAGAUAAUGUUGCUCAGAAUCUCAAGCACUGGCAGGAUGUGAUCACGCGGGAAGAGGAGGGAAACAAAUCCAAAGACUCGGACGAGGAGGUGGUCAACGAGGAGGAGAGGAACGACACGGUGGAGGACGGCAGGCUCCCCCUCAACUACAUCCAUAUCACCGACGAAGAGAGUAACUCCCUGUGUACAGACAGUCGCCGCGGCAGCUGUAGGAGUCUAUCCCCUGUCCGAGAAAUCACGGAAAACGGCUGGGAUCCUGAGCAGAGGCGACACAGUAUGCCUCCUGCGUACAUCAGGAGGGAAAUUACUUGUGUGACGAUUCGUAGAGAUAGUGUUCCAAUGGCUCAAUAUAUAAGGCGAAGGAGUCUACCCACAGCCAUGUUGGUUCAAACAAAUUCUCUAGAAAAACUCUCUGGGAAAUUAUCUGCCCUUGCCCAGCGGCACAACAUGGCAAACAAAAGUAUAUCUAUGGAGGAGUUGAUGUCUCGUCCCAAGAUCUCUAAUCUGACAGCCAGUUAUGAAACAAACUUACUGGCCAGUGGCCUCUCCGUCGUGACGGACCCAUACUCAAAAUCCCACAGCAGCAUUGUUCGAUUUCUCACAGUACCUCAGAACUCCUCUGACCCACCUCAUGACCCUAGUCACCAAGCAGACUUGAACACAUUCCCAUGGUCAAGCAAUAACUGUGCUCAAAACUGUGAUCAGCAAAAUAAACAUCUAAAUGAUUCAGACUGUAUCAAAGUCAAACGUAUCAGUGACCCGGACUGUAUAGGAAACCUGAACUUAGCGGGCACUUCCUCAGUCCUACCCAAAACCCACUAGUCUUUCAUUAGUAUAAACCAUUUUUAUUUGUAAAAAAUGAAAAUUUAAAAGGGUAAUUAUUUACAAUUUAACUAAUAUGAAAUUUAUAUAUAUAUAUAUUUAUAUCUACAUUAAAUAAAUUGUUGUCAUAGUUUUA